AAUCCCUCCUGUGCCUCCACUCAUAUUAAAUAAUCAAUUCUUUAAAUUUACUGGUCACAUCUUUGAGUUGAUGACUACGUUACACUCCAAUCCAAUGACAGGAAAAGAAAAAUCCAGGGGCAAAAUGGAUCCAUCUAGCGGUCUGAAUCGACCACUGGAUAUUGUACCGAACACGGAUGAGAAGAUGAAGGACAGAGGCCAGUGGAGCAACAAACUGGAGUUUGUGCUCUCUGUAGCUGGAGAAAUCAUCGGACUGGGCAACGUGUGGCGCUUUCCUUACCUCUGUUAUAAAAAUGGAGGAGGCGCUUUCUUCAUCCCUUACCUGAUCUUUCUCGCCACUUGUGGAGUCCCUGUGUUCUUUCUCGAGACAGCGCUGGGUCAGUACACUAGCGAGGGAGGAGUUACCUGCUGGAGGAAAAUCAGCCCGCUGUUUGAAGGCAUCGGUUACGCCACCCAAGUCAUAGUAGCCUUGUUGAAUAUCUAUUACAUAAUCGUUUUGGCUUGGGGGAUCUUUUAUCUGUCCUUCUCCUUCUCUUGGGACCUGCCAUGGGCUUCCUGCAAUAACACCUGGAACACUGAUGCUUGUGUGGAAUUUCAGCGAAGAAACGAUUCUAUCGAUCAAAGUCAUCUGGAGAACGCAACUUCCCCAGUUAUUGAGUUUUGGGAGAGAAGAGUCUUACGGAUCUCUUCGGGUAUCGAUGAGAUCGGAGAGCUGCAUUGGGACAUGACCCUUUGUCUGCUUUUUGCCUGGAUCCUUUGCUACUUCUGCAUUUGGAAGGGGGUCAAGUCCACUGGGAAAGUUGUGUAUUUCACGGCGACCUUCCCGUAUGUUAUGCUGCUGGUUCUUCUAAUCAGAGGGAUAACGUUGCCUGGGGCAUGGCGAGGCAUCCGGUUCUAUCUUUACCCUGACCUGGGUCGUCUAGCAGACCCGCAGGUAUGGAUGGAUGCAGGAACGCAAAUUUUCUUUUCUUAUGCUAUCUGUCUGGGCUGCUUAACAGCACUGGGCAGCUACAAUAAAUACAACAAUAACUGCUACAGAGAUUGCGUGGCUUUAUGCUUCCUGAACAGUGGAACGAGUUUCGUAGCUGGAUUUGCUAUUUUUUCUAUUCUGGGUUUCAUGUCUUUCGAGCAGAACGUCCCUAUUUCUGAGGUAGCAGAAUCAGGCCCUGGAUUAGCUUUUAUUGCAUAUCCACGUGCAGUGUCCAUGAUGCCUUUCUCUCCUCUAUGGGCCUGUUUCUUCUUCAUUAUGAUCGUGCUGCUCGGCCUGGACAGUCAGUUUGUGUGUGUGGAGAGUCUGGUGACAGCGGUAGUUGACAUGCACCCAUCAGUGUUCCGUCGCAAAAACCGGCGCGAACUUCUCAUCCUGGCCGUGGCCUGCUUCUCAUUUCUCAUGGGACUGAUCAUGCUGACGGAGGGUGGAAUGUAUGUCUUCCAGCUCUUUGACUACUAUGCAGCCAGUGGGAUGUGUCUCCUCUUUGUUGGCAUUUUUGAGACUAUUUGCAUUGCCUGGAUUUAUGGUGCUGAACGUUUUUAUGACAAUAUCGAGGACAUGAUUGGGUAUCGACCUGGACCUUACAUUAAGUACUGUUGGUUGUUCCUGACUCCAGCCACCUGUUUUGGCACCUUUGCUUUCUCUUUGAUCAAGUAUACUCCACUAAAGUACAACAAUGAGUAUGUCUAUCCAUGGUGGGGUUAUACACUGGGCUGGCUUCUGGCAUUGUCAUCCAUGGUCUGUAUCCCUCUAUGGAUCGUGUAUAAGAUGUGCACUUCCAAAGGAACGCUAAAAGAACGAUUCCAUGAGCUGACCACACCAUCUCCUGAUCUGCCUAUAACACGACAGGAGCAGGAGAAACUACAGGUUGUCUUUGCUGCUGAUGGGGAAGGUCUUCCACAGAGAAGAACUUCUAACAAGGAUGGAUACUUUCCUGUGAGUGAAAAGGAAUCGCAAUGCUGAAUGCCUCAAUGGCAAGAGACACUACGGAGCACUUUAUGUUUCUAUAAAUGUGGUCCUUGGCGACUUUAAUACCUCACACUGCUGAUGACUGCCAAAUCGCACCAAACUGAGGGGAAGGAAAAUAUUUUUGGCAGCGUCUUUUGGAGAAGGCAAUGUCGCCCUCUAUGGGCAUUUGUUUUUGCCAGUGUGGGCCAUUUUCCUAUUAGUAAGCAGUGCAAUAUUUCACCUUCAAAAAAACUUUUAACCUGUACAUAUUGCCUAGUCCAUGUAGAUUUCUGUGGGUUACAGUUUUCUGUUAUUUUUUUCCCCUACAUCUUCAAAAACAUGACAGUAGGCGGCUUGGCUACACUAAAUUACUGGGAACAUGUGGGAGUUAAUGUGAUGGGAACAUGCGGGAGUUAAUGUGAUGGGAACAUGUGGGAGUUAAUGUGAUGGGAACAUGUGGGAGUUAAUGUGAUGGGAACAUGUGGGAGUUAAUGUGAUGGGAACAUGUGGGUGUUAAUGUGAUGGGAACAUGUGGGUGUUAAUGUGAUGGGAGCAUGUGGGAGUUAAUGUUUGAAUGCACCAUGUCCAGUAAUAGUGACCUGUUUAGGGUGUGCACAAGGAUCCCUGGAUCAUCUAUGUAUUCACUGCAAACCUUACCAGGAUAGACAAGUUACUGAAGAUGAAUGAAUGAAUAAAGACCACCUAAAAAGUUUAGAUUUAAACCUGGGUGGUGAGACUUAAAGACUCAAUGUAGUUCAAUAUUUUCUAUAUUUUUAGGAGGUUUUUUUUUGUUCAUUUCCUUCCUUUGGUCAAGCAUAUAUUUUGGAAUCCGUUCAAAAUUUUGGGUUGUGUAAGAUAUUUGGUUGAUCCUAAAAUUUGUAGUAAACGAGAGACCAAAUGUCAUCAAAAAAUCACUUCGUAAAAUGACAGGAUUUUGUAUUAAAUACAUAAUAUAUAAUAUAACCAUACAGAUUUCAAUAUUUUUGUGAAAUUAGCAUACUGUAGGUCUAGUGUGCUCUAAUGAAUUAUUAUUGCAUGUUACACCUUUUCACUGGGGAAAAAAAGGACAGCAAUAUAAUGAUAUAUCAAGUGGAGAAAUUCGCUCACUCUGUUGUACUGGAAAUGGCAUAAAAUUGACCCAAAUGGCCAGUCGUAAAUUUAUUUUCAUGUUAUCUCGAAACGUAGUCCACUUUCAUGUAAAAUUUGCUGUAGAAUAUCUAAUAUUUUGCAUUUAUACAACAUUGUAAACUGAACAGUAUCAAAUGAAUUAUGAAUUUAUUAAUAAUAAAUUAAUAAAGUAAUAAUUCAUUCAUUUAUUAAGCAAAUAUUAAAUUAAAUAAUUAAGGUGCAUACUUUGAAAGUAAGACUCAACCUCGACUAAUCCCAACAUUUAUAUAAUAAUAAUAAUAAUAAUAAUAAUA